AUGAUUCCUUUUAAUGUCCUAUUUAUCGACUCGUAUGAUUCAUUCACUUACAAUGUCGUUAGGCUCAUUGAGAGGCAACAUAUUGAAGGUUACAGUGGAAUACACGUGACAACAAUUCGAAAUGAUACUUUCAGAGAUAUAAACGCUGUACGCUUGCACUUACCGUACUUCGAUUGUAUUAUUGUCGGUCCUGGACCUGGGAAUCCUCUGAAUGGCUCUGUUGAUGUGGGCAUCAUAAACUCUUUGUUCUGCGAUGAGCUUGCUGAUGUACCGAUCUUGGGCAUAUGCCUUGGGUUUCAGGCAAUGUGCCUUUCACAGGGAGCUAGCAUUAAGCAAUUGGAAACAAUUAAGCAUGGCCAGGUAUACCCCGUUGAGGUCUCUGGGACAAGUAGCCCGCUUUUCGAGGGGCACCCUGAAACCUUCAAGUCUGUGAGGUAUCAUUCCCUACAUGUUUGCAUGUCUGAAGGAGGCAACUCAUCGAUUGUUCCGCUUGCCUAUACAUCUGAUGAAAAUGGUAAACUACUCAUGGCAGCCUCAGUGGAGGAUAGACCAUGGUUUGGUGUCCAGUAUCAUCCCGAAUCUUGCUGCUCAGAUUUUGGUGGUUUACUUGUUAAGAAUUUCUUACAGAUUGCACACGUUGAGAAUAUAACUACAAAACGUAUGGCCGGCAAGCAGAAGGCUUACUUCAAUAACAAACCUGGUUUUGAACGAUUGCUGAAGACAUUGGAUGAUAGCAUUGAUCACAGUUCUAUUUAUGUGAAAGGGACCGACGUAAAAGAGAUGUCACCAUUCAUUCGAAAAUUCCAUGUGGUUAAAGAACCAAGUCUUGCAUUGAAAAUAUGUGAUAAAAUCACAGCAUCUAAAUUUAUCAUGACUUCAGCUACCGUAAGUGCCCAAAGGGGCGAAUGGUCAAUUAUCGCACUGCCAAACGAGUGUUCCGACGUGUUGACUCAUUAUUCAAUCCUGAGUAAGACAACAAUUCACAAAUGGAAAGAUCCCAAAAUAUCAACCAAGUCGUUGAAUGAAAAACUGCUGAAUAAUUCUAGUGAGUUCCUACCAUCACUAACGGUAAUAGAUGAGGAUAAAUCACAAUUUUGGAUUACCGCAGGUAAAUACAUGAAACCCAAGUUAAUAUCCAACAAUCAAGAAAUUCCCUUUAUAGGAGGCCUGGUCGGAACUCUUGGUUAUGAGAUGGGAUAUCAUGUUCACAAUAAUAGCGACCCCACUGAAGUGCUAAUGCCUGAUGCUAAAUUAGUUUUCAUUCACAAUAGUAUUGUAAUUGACCACAUUCAUGGUAUUCUGUAUUGCAUAUCCUUGUCAAACAAUUUCCCUCAGGAUAUAUUGCAGAUGUUUGAUGAAGACACCUCUUUUGACGAUUUAUCCUGGGAGGACGAGCUCCCCAAGGACAUAUCCUAUAAGAUAGCCAUGCCUACAAAAGAAGCUUACGCUCACGCGUUCAAUUUAUGCCAAGGAUACAUGCAUAAAGGAGAUUCCUAUGAAAUGUGUUUAACAACACAAACGAGAAUUUCGCCAGAACAAAAGGUCUCGCCAUGGAGAAUUUUCCAGACAUUGGCCCUACGGAACCCAGCCCCCUUUGCCAGCUUUUUCGAGUUCAACGACCUGGUGGACAGCGAAUCUCACGAUCAAACCCUAUGUCUAAUAAGCUCGUCUCCGGAGAGAUUUCUCAAAUGGGACGUAGAUUCAUGCGAGCUUCGUCCCAUCAAGGGUACCGUCAAAAAAUCAGCGAGCAUAGAUUUGGCAGAAGCUACAAAAAUUUUAAAAACCCCAAAGGAGUUCGGGGAGAAUUUGAUGAUCUUGGAUUUGAUUCGUAAUGAUCUGUACGAGCUGCUUCCAGACGUACAUGUCGAGAAUUUUAUGUGCGUGGAAGAAUACAAGACAGUGUACCAAUUGGUAAGCGUGGUAAAAGCGUAUGGUCUCUCGUCUUCUCAGAAUCCAUACACAGGAAUGGAUGUCCUUAGACACUCGUUCCCUCCGGGAUCAAUGACCGGCGCACCCAAGAAGAUCACUGUCGAACUUCUGCAAGACAAGAUUGAGCCACAGCUCAACAGUCACCUUCUUGGCGGGGUGCGUGGAAUAUACAGUGGAGUUACAGGGUACUGGUCUGCAAACGGUAAUGGGGACUGGUCCGUUAAUAUUAGAUGCAUGUUCAGCUAUAAUUCCGGGGCUAAUUGGCAAAUUGGUGCUGGAGGAGCCAUUACAGUUCUUAGUACCCUCGAGGGUGAGCUUGAAGAAAUGUACACAAAACUUGAAAGUGCUUUACAAAUAUUUAAAUAG